AUGAAACUUGAGCUGGGCAAGACCAGCUUCAGAAAUACAAACCCCUGCUUCGCAAGCAACUCAAAAUCAGCUCAACAAAAUGAAUCUUUGGCUUGGUUUUGGUCUGUUGAAGUCGACCUCGGGGGUCCUGAUCAAUCGUGGAAUGAGGAAGUUUACCGAGUCCAUUGGCUGAGGGCAAAGGCACUACAAGAUCGAUGGAGGGAAGAAAUGCUAUUGGUCAAAUUGGAGAUGGAUUGGACAUGUAAGUUCUUUUUGUGGAAAACAACCCAAUGGGGCGACCACAUGCAGGAAUCAUUGGAGAAAUGCCUUCCGGGUCACAGAUGCUAUGCCGGAAGGCAAUCCCAAAUGUAUUCAUUGCUCGCACAGGAUGCGCAGGCAGCUUUUCAAGACCUACAAAAUGUGUUGAUAGAGGCUAGAGAUGAAUGA